AUGCAUGCUGACGAAGUCUCCCGCUGGUCACUCUCCGGGAUGUCCACUUCCACCGGGACUUUGGAAUCACACUCAACCAGCGCGAAGACAGCCAUGCCGGACAACACAGGCCUAUGUGACAUUUGCAAGAAGCAGUCACCGUUGAACUACGACUUGCAAAGUCAUCUUGAAGAGGAACACCCGAACGACCCUAACAUGAAAAAUACCCACAUAGCAGAAAGAUCAGUACCUUUAGAACUUGAAAACCGACGUGACACCUUGCGAUCGGCAUCCAUAUUCAAGCCUAAAACCAGAUCAAAUACACAAACCACUCACAAUGUUAACCCUACCGCCCAAACAGCCAGCCCGGAAGGGGAUCAGGAGCGGAGAUUAAAGAGUUCGGCCUCCACUAGGAGCCUCAAGAGUAAAAGGGACAACGACGAAUCGUCCCUGCCCCCAAAACGAAGUCGAGCUCGUGCACCAAUUCAGGCCAGCUGUGGCACCUGUACAUCAGACGAUGAGUUUCGCAGGGAACCAACGCAGAAGAAUAGGAAAUUGUGGAAUCCUGAUGAGGAGCCUCCCAGAAGGAGCGACACGACAGAAUCUCCUAUAACAUCAGCAACUCGGUCGUUUGAACCCCGCGAGCCACUCACGCCAGAGAUAGACAAAAGUGAAGUCCUCAUAAAACAACCGGAAACUCGACCAAUAUCACAAGAGCAACUCGUCGCAGAAGUCAAGGGAAUCUACGCCGGCCUCGUCAUGGUUGAAAGUAAAUGCAUUGAAGUCGACAAUGCCCAAAGCUCAACAACAGGGCCCAAACUAAACAACGAGCAAUGGCAAGCUCUCAUUGCUCUGCACCGGACAUUGCUGCAUGAGCACCACGACUUCUUUCUAGCCUCACAGCACCCUUCCGCAAGUCCUGCGCUACGCCGGCUUGCAAGCAAAUACGCAAUGCCAGCACGUAUGUGGCGGCAUGGCAUCCACUCGUUUUUAGAACUUCUCAGGCACCGUCUUCCGGCGUCUCUAGAGCAUAUGCUUACAUUCAUCUAUCUCGCCUACUCGAUGAUGGCGUUGCUGUAUGAAACCGUUCCGACAUUUGAAGACACCUGGAUUGAGUGUCUAGGUGACUUGGGGAGGUAUCGUAUGGCAAUUGAAGAUGACGACCCGAAAGACCGUGAAACCUGGACGGCUGUAAGUCGUCACUGGUAUUCGAAAGCGAGCGACAAAGCACCCACAACCGGACGAUUGUAUCACCACCUGGCAAUUCUAGCGCGUCCAAACGCGCUACAGCAGUUGUUCUACUACGCCAAAUCCCUUUGUGUGCCGAUUCCGUUUCUUUCCGCAAGGGAGUCGAUAAUGACUUUAUUCGAGCCUCAUCUUAAGGGCUCUCCUACGCGCUUAUUAGAAGUUGAUGCUGCGUUUGUUAGGGCUCAUGGAAUUCUGUUUUCCGGCCGGAACCAAGACAAGUUUACAUCGUCUGUAGACGAAUUUAUUGGUAGCCUUGAUAACCAUAUUGGCAGAAAUACUCGUCGAUGGAUGGACAGCGGUUAUCAUAUUGGCAUUGCUCUGUGUUGCUCAAUCCUCGAGUAUGGCAGCGAGUCGAAUGUCAUUGUGCGGGCAAUCAAGUCGAGCCGGGCUGAGGACUCUGAUAUUCCGAUGGAAGGAACGGAUGCGGCUCCGAGUCAGAAGUUCUUUGUUGCUCUGGACUUUGCCUGUCGCACUAACGACGUUAUCUUCCGCCGCUUUGGCGACCCAAACGUCAUCCCAUACGUUCACGUUACGCUCGCCUUCUUAUAUCAUAUGUCGCAUUUUUCAACUGCUAUGGCGUACAUCGAGGAUAAACUGCCGUGGAAGCUUAUCUCUCUCUUACUAAACACCCUUAUGGAUGGAAAUACGUUAUUUGAAAAGAUUGAGUCAGAGGACUUCCCUCGUCCCGAAAAGGAGAGCCCUCGUCCUCUACCUGAGGAUUUUGCGCAGCGCGGUCUGUUGUGGGUGGACAAGUACUAUCCUAACGACUGGUUCACUGCCAGCAAAAUCGACGACGAGGAGAAGUACUUUGAGGUGCCCUCAAUGACGGAUGAGCGUCAGGACCGAUGUCUUUGGUUGGCAUGCCGGCUGGCGUCUUCGGGUAGGCAUUUGACUUACGACAAGGAAACGAGACAAUUCAAUGUUACACCACAAUACGACAUCAGUAUUGCCAACCUUCCUAACGUGUCGGACUCAUUGGGAGGUACACCUCAGCAAACUGAUGCAUGGGAACGAGGUGGCGAUAGUGACAUGGAUUUACGAGAUGUGCCAAUAUCUUCGUCUUAA